CUUUGCUACCAACAGCCACCCAGCGGCGCAGUUUUUGCUGUUAGUAGCUAUUCAAUGAGCAGCUUGUGAAGUCCUCUGGUGUGAUAAUUGCCUUUAUGGUUAAUACUGCUGAUGACUGUAGUUUCUAACUAAAUGCCAGGUGAAGUGCCAUUGACGGGAGUGCGGAGAGGAAUGGGACAAAGAGCGCUUGCAAGGAAUUGUUCUAUUUAUGCUGUUAUUACUGUUAUGAAGUAUAUAUUAGAUUGCAUAUAUUAGAUUGCUAUCGGUGGGGUACGUACGGUUGCUCGGGAGCUUGCGCGGUACCUUUUUCAAGGCCGAUUCUACCCACAAACUACUAAUUUGUGGUGCUUGUGCUGAUUGUGACAGAAACAAUAACAAGAAAUGUCCUAAAUUUCUGUGUAUAUGUAUGUAUAUGUGUACACUACUGUGUACCCGGCUAGCUGAGGCUCAAUGAACCACAGAAACAGGCUCUAACACAGCGACCGUCGAGUGUGAACCUCAUCAGCGAUAUGAUCGUCUCAUACCGUGAAACACCGAGACGCAAGAAACAAUGAGUAGACAAGGCGGGAAAAAAAAGGUCAACUUUGGCUUGCCAAAAUUAACUAUUGUCGAGACUCCUCCUGCUGAAGAGGCUAUCGCUCCUCCAAAUCUUGAUUCAGUAGCACGAAUCCGACUCAAGGAUGGCGAGGAGGUUACAGUUGAAGCAGAUGAGCUUGAGGCUGUUCGAGAGCUUGGUAGAGGAGCUUACGGAGUCGUCGAGCAGAUGAGACAUCGACCUACCGGAACCAACAUGGCUGUUAAGCGGAUCACUUACACCUUUGAUGAAGCUGAAAAACGAGGUGCGUUGAUGGACUUAAGCGUGAACAUGAAAGCGCGGUCCCCAUUUACAGUUCACUUCUACGGGGCAUUUUUUCGUGACGGCGACAUCUGGAUUUGUAUGGAGGUUAUGGAUACUUCGCUGGACAAAUUUUACCGUGCUGCCUUUGAGCACCGAAAAGGCAUACCGGAACCCGUAUUAGGGCGAAUCGCCUAUAAUAUUGUUGCGGCCCUUGAUUACCUUAAGAGCACAUGGAAUAUAAUGCACAGGGACGUGAAACCGUCAAAUGUUUUGAUUAACAAGCAAGGCGAUGUCAAGUUGUGUGAUUUCGGUAUUUCUGGGCAGAUGGUUGACUCCGUUGCUGGGACAAAUCUUGGCUGUAAACCAUACAUGCCGCCUGAACGUAUUCAAGCAGAGAUUGGCGCGAAGUACGACGUUCGUUCUGAUGUUUGGAGCUUCGGAAUAACUAUGGUGGAGCUGUCCAUUGGGCGAUUUCCAUACACUGCAACGCGAAACGUGUUUGAACAGCUAAAGCAAGUUGUACAGAACGACCCCCCUCGUCUGCCCGAAGGACAGUUUUCACCACAGUACGAGGAAUUCAUAGCGCUGUGUUUGCAGAAGGAUCGCGAUAAUCGACCUCGCUAUCCAGCCCUACUCGAAACCGAGUUCCUCAAGAUUAACAAAAAUAAUGAUAUUUCCGAUUUUGCCAAUACGGUAAUUUGCCUUAUGGGCUGAAAACUGCUUAUGUAAUAUUUGGCGGUGAUACAUUAGAAGACAGAAGUAAAUUUAAGAAACGCGUCACCAGAUUUCCGCGAGAUCUAGCUUUACGAACAAGGCUUUGCCAUCAUGAAUGGUCCUUUAAGCAAAGCAGGCAAGACUACAGUGUAAUAGACGAGCGUACAGCCCAUGAAGAAUCAAGGAACAUCAUUUCCACCGCUGACCCCUUACAUUAAAACGACAAUCAACAAAUCGGACUUCGGAGGGUCACACAACGUCAGACUUAGUUACUCAACUAAUUAAAUUAGUAGCUCUCGGCACCAGGGGAGGCAAUAGAGAAAUACGUAGACGUUAUAGAGCAGAGAAAGGGACAACGGGCAUCCCUAAGUCAGCUAAAAAGCACGCGGAGUAACUUUACCCAGAGCUAAAAAAGUUGAAGUGGCUUAAUAUGGACAUUAGACUAUUCUAUUUGGUGCGAUGAGCAUGCAGAGUAUGGUACAAGCGGGUCGACACCUAAUGAAUGAUCACCAGGUAUGAGCACUAACAUCGUACCAACCCAAUGAUCGGUACGAAUCGCACAAGUCUGCCGGUGGAUACUGUAAGUAGUUACGUGUUCCGAAUAAGCAUCGAGAAGAAUAUCCUUGCAUCAUUCGGGGCUGCUUGGAGCAAGCGUUGCGUACGCUAAAAGCAUUGUCUAGGUGAAAUGAUUUUAUGAGAUGAUCAGUAAACGUGCGUUGCUUAUCCCUACAACUUCCAGUAAUUAUAGCACUUGAAAGAUAUCUCUGUCUACCUUUUUGAGGUUAGCAUGGAAGCUAGUUAUUUUUCGAGGUGAAAUCUGCUAUGUAAUGCGCAGCUCAGCAACGAAAACAGGGCUGGAAUUAUUUUUAUUAUAGAAUUUUACUGGGAUUCUGUUAAUUCUCUAUCCAUCUCAAGUAAACUUAGUGCAUUUCAAUAACGAUCCAGUGAUGUAACAUGGACAUGGUAUACAUUACUAACCAGGCUGCGCUGAAAAGUUCUUGAUUGAUUUAUGUAUAAUUUUUAUUGUUUUUAGUCCACUUCCGCCAAUAUUGGCAUUUUACUUAGUAAAACGACAGGCAUGCGAGCAAAUAAAAUACCAUGUAAUGCGAUCCACUGAAAAAUAGUGCAAGAGUUUAUAUAUACGUAUCCAAUGUAAGAUUAAUGAGUGUAAUGAUAAUAAUAAGAUAGCAGUGGUCGGAAGAUACUGGGUGGGUUGUUAGAUUACGAGAUAUAUGGCACAGAGAUUACCCAGGGGCGUAGGAAAUCUGUAGAGAUAGCAUAAAUACAUUCAAAUAAUGCGUUGAUAUAUAUAUUGUUAGCUUGUGUUCGGAAGUCGCAGUUAGUGCACGUGUAUGUUGAACCGCACAGUGCAAAGCGAAUGAGUCUCUGAUUGGGAGGCAAAAAGGGGAGAGAGUGAGAUAGACUGACCAACUACGUAAUGAUUAUUAUAUAAAAAAUGAUUAAAAACCAUAUUUGUUUAUGAUGGCAAGAAACUCUGGUAUAUGAUGCAUAUUAUUCUCGUGCUUGCGCCUGAUCUCGCUAGAGAGGACGCAGCAGUGACCACAAUACAAUGCUUCGCGUCUGUUCCAAGCCACGGUAAUAAAACCUUCGAUAGAAGCGUUAGUAAAUUUGUGUAUCGGACUCUGUUGGGCUAGUGCAGUGCGGAAUGUAGUACACUACCAUAUUCACGGUCCUUCCUACCAUAUGCAUUAUAUGGUAAUUCACUAUCAUAUGCAGUCCGCAGGCACACCUGCGCAACAAAACUGAUGUGACCCACUCGACGCGUACGAAGGGACUUCCUCCCCAAACAGUACCUCCGUUCGUGUCUAGUAGCUUCUUUUGGAAACGAGUGAUCACUGGCAUGACAGAGGUAGCUGAACAUUUAUUGAAAUUCAGCUUUGCCAUCAUUGGAUUACGAGCGUAGUGACACACGGCAACACUGUGAGUUUUUAACAUGAGAUGGGUUUGGUUGUUCGGCAUGUGGAUUUUUCUGGAAGACAUCUUAGCGCAAUAACGUACAAAAAUCUACAGGCACAUAUUUUAGAAUCGUUGGUGCAGAUUACGCUUACAAGACACAUCUUUUAAAAUUUAAUUUGAAUAGAAUGAAUCUGGUUCAGGCCUCUUAGCAUGAACAUUGUAAAAUUGCUCAUUACCCUUGGCACUGUAGUGAAAACUUCCGUGGGGUUGAAGCUCUCUGCCAGUUAAUGUUCCAAGUUUAAAUGGCGAGCCUAGGUCAAAAACUGCCAAGUUAAAAAAGAAGGCUGCAGCAAAUUUUAUAGCAAUAGGCACACUGUUAGCCAGACCAGUUAUGCUAUGGGAUAGCUCUAUAAUGCAAUAUUAUUGACGUGAAACGAAUUUAGAUAAGUUAAGUGGAUGCUAGCACGAUCAGUACAAAUGAAAGCAAUAAUAGCAACGGAUUUGUAAUGUCCUACUAUAGAGUAAUGGAUACUAGAGCGCUGUGAUUUUUGAUAAUGUUUGCGCUCCUCUGGGUGAAUUUGUUUCAGUAUGUAUAUGUGCGCCUCUGUGGUUGUGUAAAUGAAGCGAGAUUAAUACCGCGUAGAGCGAAAGCGUACUCGCUUUAGGGUGCUUAAGCGGCUUGUGCGACCUCUGUGCGGAAAGAUUGUUACGCAUUACACAGUUAUACGCGUUACAGUUGUGGUUUAGGUUACCCUAUCGACCAGAUUGCCAUCUUGAAUAUAACUGACGAGUCAAAUAAAUUAAAGGCGACUGCUUACAGCGUU